GCAUCUUGGCCUUGAGGCACGGCUCGAUGAUGAAUGAACCCUACUCAUGAUGCACGCGGUUGGGUUCUGAAAGUUGCAGAAACUUACGCUUGUAUUUAUUGGCACCCGCUAGUGCUCUGGCCGGGGCUCGAGCUGUCGAGGAUUGUCGAGCGCCACGUCCGAUGAUUUGCGCCGUCUCUGACAGUCGAAGCUCUCGUCGAUCAUAAUUAAAAGGACUGUCGAAUUCGAUCGAGACGAGCGAGCCCAGAAGAAGAAGAAGAAGAAAAAGCUCGUAGAGAAGGAACAGGAUGGAGCGCUCGUCCGUGAGCCCAUGCAGAGUGUUGCUGCUGGUUCUGGUGUCGCAGAUCUUUCUACAUGACACGGUUUUUGGUGGACGAAUUCGAAUGCCGAGCGAAAGGCUGGGCUUCGACGAUGGCAGCGUCGUUCGCGCCACGCAGCCGCUGAUAGGAAUUCUCACGGGCGAAAUGGACGACAUGAUCGGCGGCUUCGGCACGUACCAUCCUGGAAUGUCUUAUAUCGCUGCAUCGUACGUGAAAUUCGUCGAGUCCGGUGGGGCACGCGCCGUUCCUCUCCUGCACAACGAGCCCGUGGAGUCGCUGCGCCGGAAAUUUUCUGUAAUCAAUGGACUUCUUCUUCCCGGCGGGGAUACCAACAUGGAUGGAGGACCCUUUUUGGACACCGUGAAGCUAUUAUUGGACUGGGCGAUCGAGGCCAACGACAAAGGCGACUACUUCCCCGUGCAUGGAACUUGCCUGGGAAUGGAGGUGCUAGCGAAUGUCAUCGCGCAGCGUAAUAUGAUGGAGAGCUGCAUUGCCAAGAAGACGCCCGCCACCCUUCAGUUCAUCGACGAGAGCAAGAAAAGCAAGAGCUUCUUCAAAUGGGUUCCGGAGGAUGUUCUGGAGAAGAUACCAACUGUUCCUUUGACGAUAAUGAACCACAAGAUGGGCAUCACACCUGCAACAUUUGCCUCCACGAAACCUCUCGCAGAUUUCUUUGAGGUGCUCACUCUCAGUCCUGACGACUACGGGCAGAUGUACGUUUCUUCCGUUCAAGGCAAGAAAUAUCCAGUAACAGCCACCAUGUUCCAUCCUGAGAAAAAUAUGUUCGAAUGGACCUACAACACCAUACCACACAGCGCGGCUGCCAUCCAGCUUUCUCAGAGCAUCGCAGACUAUUUUAUCAGUGAAGCGCGAAAGUCAUCGCACGCUCCAUCUUCACAGGAUGAAGUAAAUAAUCUACUUGUCAACAACUACCAGCCAGUGUUCCUCGGCAAAAUUCCGCCCCCAAUUCCUUUCGAAGAAGUCUACUAUUUUGGCUGAGGAGAAAUGAAGCGAGAGAGUUCAAUCUCUAAGUUGGAUACAAGACUUCUGGAUUGUCAGAGGGCUGCUAGUGCUUUUUACGAGGUCGGUAUCUAUCAUGUAACAGCUUUCGACUCGUCAGUAUGAGCUAACGGAGGAUUGAUGCCAAAAACCGCUUUAGAAUUUUGUAAUCUGUACAUAUUCCUCGUGCCCAAAACAUCUGUCACACAAUGACUAUUCAAGAUAUUGUGCUACUACGGAACUUCUAGUAAGGCAGAAUGUUACGCAGAAGUUUCAGUUUGUAAUUUACAGAGAUCAGACAGAUUACAUCGUUUCCAUAUGUAAUCAAUUCACUGGAAUGAAAGUGACCCUCGGCAAUAGAGAAUAGAUGGACAUUUUCGUGGCUUAUCACGAAUUUGUGUAGACAUUGUAUAUUGGCGAUUCGAAUGAAUCGAAAUAAAUUAAUCGGUUGGAAAUG